AUAAAAGAAAAAUUCAGGUCCAAAGAAAUUUCAUUUGGGAAGCAGCGCGUUUGACCCUUGCGACGACGGAGGACUAAAGUCCUCUGCGUCUCCAUUGUAGUAGGCAGCAGCCAUGGCUCGGCGGACCUCGCUCCUUCUCAUCUACUUCCUGCUGCUGAACCUCUGCGGCGCGGAUGCUUCACUCUCCGACGAUCACCGCCGUCCGAUGAUCCUCCCUCUCCAUUUCUCGUCUCCCAAAUCCAAUUGGCUCCACCGGCGACCCUUCGACGGCCGGCGGCUCCAGAGAUCGGUGCCCAACGCCCACAUGAGGCUCUAUGACGAUCUCCUCGCCAACGGGUACUACACGACGCGUCUGUGGAUUGGGACGCCCCCGCAGAAAUUCGCGCUGAUUGUGGAUACGGGAAGUACGGUGACUUAUGUGCCUUGCUUUGACUGUAAGCAGUGUGGUUUUCAUCAGGACCCCAGGUUCCGGCCCGAUUUAUCUAGUACAUAUCAACCUGUGAAGUGCAAUAUCAAUUGUAACUGUGACAAGAAAGAAGCUCAAUGCACUUAUGAGCGGCGGUAUGCUGAGAUGAGCUCUAGCAGUGGGGUACUUGGUGAGGACGUCUUUUCUUUUGGUAACGAGAGUGUUCUUGUGCCCCAGCGUGCUGUUUUUGGUUGUGAAAAUAUUGAAACUGGUGAUCUUUACCGUCAACGUGCUGAUGGCAUUAUCGGUUUGGGUCGUGGUCAACUCAGUGUGAUGGAUCAACUUGUUGACAAGGGUGUUAUUAGUGACUCAUUCUCAUUAUGCUACGGAGGGAUGGGUGUAGGAGGGGGUGCCAUGGUUCUUGGCGAGAUGAAAUCUCCCCCUGAUAUGGUAUUUGCCCAUUCAGAUCGCUUUCGCAGUCCAUAUUACAACAUUGACCUGAAGGAAAUACAUGUGGCUGGCAAACCUUUGAAGUUAAAUCCCAAGAUCUUUGAUGGCAAGCAUGGAACUGUAUUGGAUAGUGGAACUACUUAUGCGUACCUUCCAAAGGAUGCUUUUCAUGCGUUUAAGGAUGCUAUUAAGAGGCAAAUUGAGUCCCUCAAACAAAUCCAUGGUCCUGACCCAAAUUAUCAAGAUAUUUGUUUUUCAGGAGCUGGAAGGGAUGUCACCCAACUAUCAAAAGUUUUUCCACAGGUUGAUAUGGUAUUCGGCAAUGGGCAGAAGUUAUUGCUGUCUCCAGAGAAUUACCUGUUCCCGCAUACAAAGGUUGGUGGUGCAUAUUGCCUGGGGAUUUUUGAAAAUGGUGAUGAUACUACUCUUUUAGGAGGAAUCAUUACGCGUAAUACCCUUGUGACUUAUGACCGGAAAAACGAUAAGAUUGGCUUUUGGAAAACUAAUUGUUCUGAACUAUGGAAGAGAUUGAAUUAUAAUAAUGCCCCGCCUCCAGCACCUUUAGCUUUUGAUGGCCGGAAUACGAGUGUAGAAAUUUCUCCUAGCAUUGCCCCAGGUGGAUUGCCUGAAACAUUUCUUCCAGGUGAACUUCAAAUAGGGUUAAUAAGUUUCGAUAUGAUGCUGAGCAUCAAUAACACUAUGAAACCCAACUUCACAGAACUGGCAUAUUCUAUUGCUCAUGAGCUGGAAGUUGAUAUUUCCCAGGUUCGCUUAGUGAACUACACCAAUAUGGGAAAUGGUUUCGUUGUUAGAUGGACAAUCUUCCCUGCUGAACCUGCAACUUGCUUUUCUGCUGCGAAGGCAAUGGGCAUAAUUAUGCGCUUAAAGGAACAUCAUAUGCAGCUUCCUCAGAAAUUUGGAACUUAUCAGUUGGUCAAGGUGAAGGCUGAGCCUCGGAAGAAGCGGUCGUGGUGGGAGCAACACUCUUUGGCGGUGGUAGUUGGAGCUAUAGUUACCUCAGCUGUUGGAUUAUUAGCAUUAGGGACAUGGCUGGUUAGGAAAUACAAAUUGCAAGACAUCGUUUCGUAUGAGCCACUUGGUGCCAGUUCCAUUGUUCCUGAGCAAGAGCUUCAACCGCGUAGAUAGUAACUUUCGUGCCAGUGUAGUCAGAGCUUUUCGACUCACUGUGGAGAUUCCGAUUAUGGACAGCUCCGAAAGCAAUUCAUACACACCGACAUAGGGGCAUUGGCGCCGAACAUUCGGAGGAGAUGAAAUCUGCAAUCCCUCUGUGCAAUAUAAUUUCGGCAUAGGAAAAUGGGAAGACAAAUAGGUGAUAGAAAACUUCAAUUAAUAUUUCAUUUUACUCCUGCUGUCUCUUUUACUUGUACGUACAUGUAAAAAUACUCCUCAAAGUUUCAGCUAACUUGUAUAUGACUUGUCCUUUCGCCUUUCGGCUUUCGGAUCGACGGUAAAUCGGAUUUACCUGCGCAUCUUGUUUA